AUGACCAGCGAGUUGAAGGAUCUACUGAAGCAGGAGCGGCAGCUUCGCAACACCGUCGAUGGAGUGCGGAAGUUCAUUGCCAAAUAUAAGCCGGAGAAACAUCUUGACCAAGUGGAAGCCCGACUAGACAUGCUGGAAAUUGCUAUGAAGCGGUUCUACGUAGUUCGCCGGAGAAUCGAUGUUCUUUUGGAAGAAGCCGAUGAAAAACAAGUGUCCGAAUCAAAGGAAGAUCCAGACGAGAAGGCCAAGACUCUAGCAGAUCUUAUUGAGAAGCGGCAGACCGAGAGCUUCGAAUUGGUUGAAAUGGUUGAGGAUACCUACUGCGAGCUGAAAGCCAAACUGUGCAAACUGUCAGCUACUGCAGAUCCUCCUGCAGCGACCGGUCAGCAGGCAGCUCCCACUGCUUCCAGUGCGAUUUCCAGAGUGAAGCUUCCCGAAAUCCGUUUACCUAGCUUUGGAGGUCGCAUCCGUGAAUGGGUCACAUACCGUGACAUGUUUAGGAGUCUGAUCCAUCGGAAUGACCAGUUGACAGAAAUGGAUAAGUUCUCCUAUCUACGUUCGUCCCUAACCGGUGAAGCGUUGCAAGGAAUUUCGUCGAUUGAGAUGACUGCUGCCAACUACCCUAUAGCGUGGGACAGCCUCCAAGAGCGAUAUGAGAACAAAAAGCUCAUCGUCAAGGCACAUCUUGAUGCUUUGUUCAGCGUGGAAUCAAUGAAACGUGAAAGUUAUGAAGCGUUAAGCCACGUUAUCAAUGAAUUCGACAGAAACCUACAGCAGUUGACGAAAAUCGGCGAAGACACGACCGGGUGGAGCACAAUAUUGGCUUACAUGGUGUGCUCCAGGCUUGACACCACCACGCUUCGUCAAUGGGAGUCGCAUCACUCUUCUACAGACGUCCCUGGCUACGAAGAUUUGAUGGAAUUUUUGCGAAAGCAGGCCUCCGUUCUGCAGUCUUUGUCGUCGUCGAAGCCGAGCCAGCAGAUCGAGUCUAAGAAGCCUAGAUAUACGGUUAGUCACGCCACAUCGCAAUCUCCGAGAAAUUGUCCGUUUUGUGGGGAGAGUCAGCAUUCAGCUUUCAGAUGCCAGAAGUUCCUGAAGAUGAAGGUCCAAGAGCGUUACGAGAAGGUGAAACGGAGCGGAUUGUGCUUGAACUGUUUUUCGUCGUCUCACAUGGUUCGAUACUGUACGAGCGGAACUUGCCGGAAUUGUCACCAACGGCACCACACCCUAUUGCACAUCGGAUCAACCAACAGCGGAGCAGCGUCCCCGCCGGCAGCGACCGGUUCCUCCGUCCCACUUGUACAGAACCGACCACAAAAAGCGAAUAAUCAGAACACACAAGCUCAGAAUCAGACCACACCCACUCAAAACCCUGGAUUACUCACGAACUCACACCCAAUAGCCAGUACAAGUUCGCAUCAACCACAUUCACACCCAUCACACGCCACAGAUCGCACACUAGUUACGCAAACAAACUCACUUCCCUCCAGCGCACCCUCGCCCACUCGGCAAGUGUUGCUGUCUACCGCUAUGGUGAUAGUAACCGAUCGAAAUGGCAACUCGAAAAUUGCUAGAGCUCUUUUGGACUCCUGUUCAGAGUACUGUUUCGCCACUUCAAAGUUCUGCCAAGGUCUGAGAUUGGCCGGAGCGGACAGCCAUCUCGCAGUUUCUGGAAUUGGUGGCUCCGUUGUACGGUCGUCGAAGAUGGUCGAAGCAGAUAUAUCUCCACGGUUCCCCAGCAUAUCGUCGUAUACCGAAACCGUUCAGCUCCACGUUCUUCCCAAACUCACGGCUACAUUACCAGUUGAUCGAGUUGAUGCUGGAUCGUUAUUAGUUCCUGAAGACAUUGUUUUGGCGGAUCCUGGAUUUCACGAGCCCGGGCCAGUAGAUUUGAUCAUUGGCGCCGAGUUCUAUUUCGAUCUGCUGAAGGAAGGCCGCAAGAAAAUGUCGGAUGAUGGACCCACCUUUCAAGAAACCGUCUUUGGAUGGGUAGUCUCUGGUCGUAUUCCUGGCAAAGUGGAGGAGGUUUCGAGAGCAGUGGCUUACUUGUGUUCAACGGUGGAUCUUCGAGAAUUGUUAACCAAGUUCUGGGAAUUGGAGUCCUGCUACCACAAGAGCACACUCUCCGUCGAAGAAUCAACGUGUGAGGAGAUUUUUCAGCGAACUACAGUGCGAGAUGAAGAUGGAAGGUUUGUCGUCACGCUUCCCAAGAAGCAAUAUGUCAUCGAUCAGCUAGGAGACUCCAAAACAACUGCACUUAGGCGCUUCUACGGAUUGGAACGUCGUUUCGAGAUGAACAACACUCUGAAGGCUUUGUAUUGCGAUUUCAUUCAAGAAUACUUGGCCAUGGGUCACAUGCGCGAAGUCUCUGCUGAAAAUUGCGAACGUCCAUCGUACUACUUGCCACAUCACGCCGUCUUGAAGCCGGAAAGUACGACUACGAAGCUGCGCGUCGUGUUUGACGCUUCAUGUCGCACGUCUACUGGAGUGUCACUGAACGAUGGAUUAAUGGUCGGACCCGUCGUACAGGACGAUUUGUUGUCGAUUAUUCUACGAUUCCGGUUCCACAGAUUCGUUGUUGUGGCGGACAUCGCCAAAAUGUACCGCAUGGUCAACGUGUGCCAAGCCGAUCAGCCUCUUCAGCGCAUUCUUUGGCGAAGCUCGACCAGCGAACCUGUGAAGGCCUACCAGCUUACUACCGUUACGUAUGGUACCAGCUCUGCUCCGUACCUUGCAACAAAGUGCCUUCAACAGUUGGCAGCAGAUGCAGAAGCAACGCACGGAAAGGCAGCUACCACAAUUCGAAAGGGAUUUUACGUUGACGAUCUUCUAACGGGAACAGACGACGUAGAAGAAGGAAAGACCCUAGUAAUUGAGAUCUUGGACCUCAUGAACUCCGCUGGUUUCACUCUACGAAAAUGGAGCUCCAACUGUGCCGAGAUCCUUUCAAGCAUUCCCGAGGAACUACGAGAUGAACGAGCUACUCUGGAAUUGGAUUCGUCGUCAUCACCAGUCAAAACUCUCGGCCUCAUUUGGGAACCUGCUACCGACAUGUUUCGAUAUGCUGUGCCACAGUGGAACCCUCAAACUCCAAUCACCAAGCGAAUCGUGCUUUCUGACGCUGCACGGAUCUUCGACCCGCUUGGUCUUAUUGGCCCAGUAGUGGUACAAGCCAAAAUAUUCCUCCAGUCGUUAUGGAAGCAAAGCUGCGAUUGGGAUGAUCCGCUUCCGGAAGAAUUCCACAACUAUUGGCUUGAGUUUCGUCGGAAUACUAUCGCGCUCGAAUCACUCAAGAUUCCAAGGUGGACCUGUUACACUCAAGGUCUACUCAGUGUAGAAAUACAUGGAUUCUGUGAUGCAUCGGAGGCAGCAUAUGGUGCAUGUUUGUAUCUUCGCUGUGUGUCGAAUAGCGGAGAAAUCAGCGUUCGGCUGAUUACGUCAAAGUCCAGAGUUGCGCCAUUAGAAGACCUGACCCGCAAAAAGAAGAGACAGUCGAUACCGCGCCUUGAAUUGUCGUCGGCUUUGUUGCUGAGCCACCUCUAUGAAAAGGUUACUGGCAGUCUUCAACUCCCGCAUCAAUCAUUCUUCUGGACCGAUUCGAUGAUUGUCAAGUGCUGGUUAUCGUCAUUACCUUCCCGUUGGCAAGUUUUUGUUGGAAACCGUGUUUCUGAAAUACAGCACAUUACCAAGGAAGGCGAAUGGAACCACGUUGCCGGGGUCGAAAACCCUGCCGACAUUCUCUCUCGUGGUACAACGGCUGCUCAAAUACAGUAUCAGCCGUCGUGGUUCGAAGGUCCCAUUUGGCUUCGUCAAGAUCGUUCAACAUGGCCGAAACCCUCGUCAACACAACCACCAAUAGAUAGUGCACUGCUGGAAGAACGUAGCACGAUAUCUCUCCCCUCUCGCGUGACUCCGCCAAACGAACUUUUCUCGCUCCGGUCAUCGCUCACUGAUUUGGUUCGUCUAGUGGCAUGGCUUCGUAGAUUCGUGCACAAUAGUUCACCACGCAAUCGCUCAACUAGGCAGGAAGGACGCCUGUCCCUGAGAGAGUUGGAUGACUCGCUAACUCACCUCGUCCGAAUCUCUCAAAAGGAGAGCUUCCCAGAAGAAUUUGCGGAUUUGACGCGGAGUCGGCAGCUGAAAUCAUCCUCCAAGUUGUCGCUUUUGAAUCCCGUCGUCAUAGAUGGAACACUCCGCGUCGGCGGCCGGCUGGCAAAUGCACCGAUUUCAGAAUUUCGAAAACACCCGAUGAUUUUGCAUCACCAACAUCCGUUAGCUGCACUAGUAACUCGGCAUUAUCAUCUAAAACUCCUUCACGCUGGUCAACAACUCCUCAUCGCUUCAGUCAGAGAAAAGUUCUGGCCUACAAAUGCUCGAAAUCUGGCACGUAAGAUUUGCCACCAAUGCGUGGACUGCUUCCGCAGUAAGCCAAAGGUGCAGGAGCAGUUAAUGGCAGAUUUGCCGGCUGUCCGAGUAAACCCCUCAGCAGUCUUUUGGAAGGUAGGAGUAGAUUUGUGUGGUCCCUUCUACAUCAAGUACCCGAUCCGUCGAAGUCCAGCAGUCAAGUCCUACGUAGCGAUUUUCGUUUGCCUAGCGACAAAGGCAGUCCAUAUGGAGAUAGUUGCUGAUUUGUCUACUCAGGCAUUUCUCGCCGCCUUCAGGAGAUUCGUCGCGUGCCGUGGAAAACCACACACGGUUAUGUGCGACAAUGCGACUAACUUUGUCGGCGCCAACAGAGAACUUGAGGACCUCCGUCGUCAAUUCCUGGAUCAGCAAUUCCAGCGCACCAUCACUCGUUCAGCAGAAGACGAUGGCAUUCGGUUCAACUUCAUUCCUGCACGGUCUCCAAAUUUCGGAGGAUUGUGGGAGGCGGCCGUAAAAUCGUUCAAGGGUCACUUCCGCAGGACCAUUGGUACUAGGCAGUUGAGCUACGACGAGCUGAACACUAUCGUACAACAAGUUGCAGCCAUACUGAAUUCUCGCCCGCUAACGCCUCUGAGUAACGACCCCGACGAUUUUUCGGCACUGACUCCCGGCCACUUUCUGAUCGGAAGGCCUCUAACCGCUGUUCCGGAGCCCGAUCUACAAGGAAUACCGGAGAAUCGUUUGGCUGUAUGGCAAAGGUCCCAAGAGUUCGUUCAGAGGCUGUGGCAAACAUGGAAAACCCACUAUCUGUCCGAUCUCCAUAACCGGACAAAAUGGACGAAACAGCGCGACAACCUGAAGAUAGGCACAAUGGUGCUUGUCAAGGAGGACAACCUGCCACCACAGCGAUGGCAGCUAGGACGAGUAGCAGAAAUCUUCCCUGGAUCGGACGGCAAUGUCCGAGUAGUAACCGUCCGCACAAAGGAUGGGUCCUUCAAGAGGGGCAUUUCAAAAAUUUGUGUGCUUCCAAUCCGGGACAACGCGUCCACAUCAGAAGAGUUCUAA